AUGAACAUAAUGGAAAACAGCCCUUUGUUGGCUAGCAUCAUGAAGCAGAGUGCUCUGUGUGGUGAACUGAAGUAUGACUUGUCCUGUGAACUCUACAGAAUAUCAACAUUUUCUGCUUUCCCCAUUAAUGUGCCAGUGUCAGAACGGAGUCUUGCCCGGGCGGGGUUUUAUUACACUGGUGUGCAAGAUAAAGUGAAGUGCUUCAGCUGUGGCUUGACAUUGGACAGUUGGCAACCAGGAGAUAAUCCUAUGGAGAAACAUAAGCAGCUGUAUCCUAGCUGCAGUUUUGUUCAAAACAUGCUUUCUGCUAACAACAUCGGACUGUCCUCUCAUUCUGCCUUUUCACCUCUGGUUGCAAACAGCUUCUCACCAUCUCUACAUUCCAUAACAUCUCCAAGUUUAGAACAAGUUGGAUAUUUCAGUGGCUCUUUUUCCAGUUUUCCUCAAGACCCAGUAAAUAAUAGGGCAGUGGAAGACCUUACAUUCUUGAGACCUAAACUGCACAAUCCUUCUAUGAGUACAGAAGAUGCUAGACUACGAACUUUCCACUCAUGGCCACUGACAUUUCUCUCGCCCACUGAUCUGGCAAAGGCUGGACUUUAUUACUUGGGGACAGCAGACAAAGUUGCUUGUUUCGCGUGUGGUGGUCAGCUGAGUGACUGGGAACCAAAAGAUAAUGCUAUCUCAGAGCAUCGGAGACACUUUCCAAACUGCCCUUUUGUGGAAAACCUUACCCGUGACCAGUUAAGUUUCAAUGUUUCAAAUGUGAGCAUGCAAACCCAUGAAGCACGUGUUAAAACAUUCAUUAAUUGGCCAACUAGAAUUCCAGUUCAGCCUGAACAGCUUGCAGAUGCUGGCUUCUACUAUGUAGGCCGCAACGAUGAUGUCAAGUGUUUUUGCUGUGAUGGUGGGUUACGGUGCUGGGAAUCUGGAGAUGAUCCAUGGAUUGAACAUGCAAAGUGGUUCCCAAGGUGUGCAUAUCUGCUUCGUGUGAAAGGAGGAGAGUUUGUAAGUCAAAUUCAGGCUAGGUUCCCCCUUCUUCUUGAACAGCUCUUGUCAACCUCUGAUACGACUGUAGAUGAAAACAUUGAUCCCCCAAUUAUUCAUUUUGAACCUGGAGAGAGUCACUCAGAAGAUUCAAUCAUGAUGAACACACCUGUGGUAAAAGCUGCCUUGGAGAUGGGAUUCAGUAGAAGGCUAAUAAAGCAAACAGUGCAAAGUAAAAUCUUGGCCACUGGAGAAAACUACAAGACUGUAAAUGAUCUUGUGUCUGAUCUACUCACUGCUGAAGAUGAGAAGAGGGAAGAGGAGAAAGAGAGACAAUCUGAAGAAGUGGCAUCAGAUGAUUUGUCCUUAAUCCGGAAGAAUCGCAUGGCUUUAUUCCAGCGUUUAACAUGUGUACUUCCAAUCCUUGGGAGUCUACUGUCAGCUAAAGUGAUAACAGAACUCGAGCAUGAUGUUAUUAAGCAAAAGACUCAGACACCACUGCAAGCAAGGGAAUUGAUAGAUACAGUUUUAGUGAAAGGAAAUGAAGCAGCCAGCAUAUUCAGAAGCUGUCUACGAGAUUCUGACCCUGUACUGUACAAAGAUUUAUUUGUGGAGAAGAACAUAAAGUAUGUUCCUACAGAAGAUGUUUCAGGUUUACCUAUGGAAGAACAAUUAAGAAGAUUGCAAGAGGAAAGAACAUGUAAAGUUUGCAUGGACAAAGAAGUUUCUAUUGUUUUUAUUCCAUGUGGUCACUUAGUGGUAUGCAAAGAAUGUGCACCAUCCCUUAGGAAAUGCCCUAUUUGCAGGGGGACCAUAAAGGGCACAGUUCGAACAUUUCUUUCCUAAGGAGGGAAGCUUGCAAAAUGUCUGUUCC